CUCCAACUCGAGGCCAGCGAAGCAGACGACGGCGACGAAACCCUAGCAGCAGCCCCCAAAAGUUUCCCAGCCGACGCCGCCAAAUCUCCCACUACCCGCACCACAGUUCCACCGGAUCUAUUCAUGAUGGGAGAGGCCAAGGAGGCCGAGGUGUACGAGGAGGAGCUCCUGGACUACGAGGAGGACGACGACAAGGCCGUCGACGGCGCCGCCGCCGCCAAGGCCGACGUCGCCAAGAAGGGCUACGUCGGGAUCCACAGCUCCGGAUUCAGGGACUUCCUGCUCAAGCCCGAGCUGCUCAGGGCCAUCCAGGACUGCGGAUUUGAGCACCCGUCCGAAGUGCAACAUGAGUGCAUCCCUCAAGCAAUCCUCGGUAUGGAUGUCAUCUGCCAAGCAAAGUCAGGGAUGGGGAAGACUGCUGUUUUUGUCCUGUCAUCUCUUCAGCAAAUUGACCCUGUUGCUGGUCAUGUGGCAGCACUUGUACUGUGCCACACACGAGAGUUGGCUUACCAGAUAUGCAACGAGUUUGAGAGGUUCAGCAAAUAUCUGUCUGAAUUAAAGGUGGCUGUAUUCUAUGGAGGUGUUCACAUAAAGAAGCACAAGGAUUUAUUGAAGAAUGACUGCCCUCAUAUUGUGGUGGGCACUCCUGGAAGGAUUCUUGCUCUAGCUAGAGACAAGGACCUUUCUUUGAAGAAUGUGAGGCAUUUCAUUCUUGAUGAGUGUGACAAGAUGCUCGAGUCACUUGACAUGAGGAGGGAUGUCCAGGAGAUCUUCAAGAUGACACCUCAUGAUAAGCAGGUCAUGAUGUUUUCGGCAACACUCAGCAAGGAGAUCCGUCCGAUUUGCAAGAAAUUUAUGCAAGAUCCUAUGGAAAUUUAUGUUGAUGAUGAGGCCAAGUUGACUCUUCAUGGUCUUGUACAGCACUAUAUAAAAUUGACCGAGGCAGAGAAGAACCGUAAAUUAAACGAUCUCUUGGAUGCCCUUGAUUUCAACCAAGUUGUGAUAUUUGUGAAGAGCGUUAGCAGGGCAGCAGAGUUGAACAAGCUGCUUUGCGAAUGCAACUUCCCUGCAAUCAGCAUCCAUUCUGGCAUGACGCAGGAAGAAAGGUUGACUCGAUACAAGAACUUCAAGGAAGGACACAAGAGGAUCCUCGUGGCCACAGAUUUAGUGGGCAGAGGAAUUGAUAUUGAGCGUGUCAACAUUGUGAUAAACUACGACAUGCCUGAUUCAGCUGAUACAUACCUGCACAGGGUUGGAAGGGCUGGCCGUUUUGGCACCAAGGGGCUUGCUAUAACUUUCGUUUCCUCGGCCUCGGACUCUGAUGUUCUUAACCAAGUGCAAGAGAGGUUCGAGGUUGACAUCAAGGAGCUGCCUGAGCAGAUUGACACUUCAACAUACAUGCCGUCAUAAACUCCGCUUCAUCCGAGGUGGAAGAAACUGAAGAUGCCCAUGGAUUUGUUUUUGCCUGCGUCCCUGCUAGUGUCUGAACAGGGAGCAGCAGCUGUGUACCAUUUAGUAUUUUGUGCUUGUAGGCUGAAUUAUUAUUCUAGGACAUGCUGAAUGUAUUCUGCAGCAGAUGGAUGAUUUUGCUUAGUGUUUGAUUUGGUUAUAA